CAGAAAAGAAUCAAGAUGAUACACUGAAUUUUGCAAAUUCUGUUGAAGUCAGGAGUGUAUUACCACCAACAGAAAAGGAGCAGUAUGAUACAUUAAAUUUGUAUGCAAAUUCAGAUGAAAUUCAAAGACAAAUGCAAGAUGACAUAGCACUACAUAAAAUACAACCUACAGAUGU